AUGGUUGAUAGGAACACACGUAUUGCAAUCGUCAGUGCGGAUAAAUGUCGGCCAAAGAAAUGUCACCAAGAGUGCAAGAGGUCGUGUCCCGUCGUGAAAACAGGAAAGCUUUGUAUUGAAGUUGAACCGACUUCGAAAAUUGCGUUUAUUUCCGAGACAUUAUGUAUUGGUUGUGGUAUUUGUGUCAAAAAGUGUCCGUUUGGUGCUAUCACUAUCAUUAAUUUGCCAACUAACCUGACCAAUGAAGUUACACAUCGUUAUUCUGCUAACUCCUUCAAGUUACAUAGAUUACCAACGCCGAGACCAGGUCAGGUGCUUGGAUUAGUUGGGACAAAUGGUAUUGGAAAAAGCACGGCUUUAAAAAUAUUGUCGGGAAAAUUAAAGCCUAACCUAGGUAGAUUUGAUAAUCCACCUGAUUGGACUGAAAUCAUUAGGUACUUCCGUGGAUCUGAAUUACAAAACUAUUUCACAAAGCUUUUAGAAGAUAAUAUUAGGGCUAUAAUCAAGCCCCAAUACGUUGAUAGUAUUCCUAGAGCAAUCAAAACGGGAGAGAAGAGAGUUGGUCUACUUUUGAAAGCAAGGAUGGAAAGAAAAGGAUCUGCAAAGGCAAUGAUUAAAUCUUUGCAAUUGGAGCACGUUUUGAGACGUGAGGUUGGAAAGCUCUCUGGUGGUGAACUACAAAGAUUUGCUAUUGCCAUGACAUGCAUCCAAGAAGCAACUGUUUAUAUGUUUGAUGAACCAUCAUCCUAUUUAGAUGUGAAGCAGAGACUUAAGGCCGCUCAAGUGAUUCGUUCAUUAUUAUCGCCAGACAAGUAUAUCAUUGCAGUGGAGCACGAUCUUUCCGUUCUAGACUAUCUUUCUGAUUUCAUUUGUAUUUUGUACGGUGUUCCAUCUGUUUAUGGUGUCGUUACUUUGCCUUCCUCCGUCAGAGAGGGUAUUAACAUCUUUUUGGAUGGUAUGAUCCCUACUGAAAACAUGAGAUUCAGAAACGAAUCACUUCAAUUCAGAUUAAUGGACGCUUCUGAUCAAAUUCCUAUCGAGAGAACUUCAGCGUUCAAGUAUCCACGGAUGACCAAAACACAGGGUGACUUUAAACUGACUGUUGAAACCGGUGACUAUUCUGACUCCGAAAUUAUUGUUAUGAUGGGUGAAAAUGGUACGGGUAAAACAACCCUUUGUCGACUUUUAGCCGGUCGUAUUGAUCCCGACACUGGCUCUGCAGCACCAAAGUUGAAUGUCUCAAUGAAGCCCCAGAAAAUUGCUCCUAAAUUUCGUGGAACAGUUCGUCAGUUGUUUUUAAAGAAAAUUAGAGCCUCGUUCCUUUCUCCACAGUUCAACACUGAUGUCAUAAAGCCAUUAAAUGUCAAGGAUAUCAUAGACGAGAACGUUCAGCAUUUGUCUGGAGGUGAGCUACAGCGUGUCGCCAUUAUUAUGGCGCUUGGAAAACCUGCAGAUAUUUACCUUAUUGAUGAACCAUCUGCUUAUCUUGAUUCUGAGCAACGUAUCAUAUGCUCUAAAGUUAUCAGAAGGUUUAUUAUUCAUGCUAAAAAGACUGCAUUUAUUGUUGAGCAUGAUUUCAUCAUGGCAACUUAUAUGGCUGAUAGAGUGAUGGUGUUUGAAGGUACGCCAUCCUUAGAUGCCACUGCUCACAAGGCGGAAUCACUUUUGACUGGAUGUAACAGGUUCCUUAAGAAUUUGGGCGUUACGUUUAGAAGGGAUCCAACAUCCUUCAGACCAAGAAUUAAUAAAUUGGACUCUCAAAUGGAUAAGCAACAAAAGUUGGCUGGAAACUAUUUCUUCUUAGAAAAUACAGAGUUGUGA